AUGCCGCAAAAACCCCGCAAGCCCGUCGCUGCCGCUGCCUCCUCCACAACCGCCGCAAUCACCUCCGACACUCCCCUCUUCCUCCCCUCCGCGCUCGACGAUGACUCCGACGAUGACUCCUCCCUCGAGUCGCCCGUCCGCACCGAAAUCGCCCCCGGGCUCCCCCUCCCACCACCACCCGCACCCGCACCCGCACCUGCGCCCCCCGCCCAGUUCACGCUCUCCGACGACGACGGCGACAGCUCCUCCGACUCUGCAGACGCCGGCGAGGACGACGACGACCCCGUGGUGUGCAGCUACAACAUCCAGAUCACAUCCCCCGUGGCGCCCGACCUCUACGUGUUCCAGUACCCCGUGCGGUCGCGGCAGAAGCCAUACACCAAGGCCGAGUCGUCGUGCCCCGUCGAGGCGCGCUUCAAGCCGCGGUCGGGCCUGGUCGAGGUGGAUGUGCCGGUGAAUGUGCAUGUCAACUACGAUGAGGAGAAGGGCAAGGUGUGGGGGGAUGUGCUAAAGAGGGCCGGCGGGAGGGAGGCGGGGGGGAAGUCGUCGCUGGCCGCCGCCGGCGUGGGUGGGGCGAAUAAGAGGAGGAGGUUGGACGAGGACGAGGACGAAGAGGGCGCGGAGGAGGAGGUGGAUAUUGGCGCGAUGGACUUUGCGGAGGCGUUGAAGAGGGGGAGGGUGUUGGAUAGACAGACGCUGGGGAGUAGGAUACAGGCGGAUAAUACAAAGUAUAUGGUGGGCGUGUUUAAGAAUGACCAAUUAUAUCUUACGCCCAUCACAUCGACCCUACAGCUCCGCCCGCAGUUCCACCACGUCGACACAGCCGUCGAGGCCGAGCGCGCCGCGUCAAAAGCCGCGCGCGACGCAUCGGCGCCGCAGAGACCGCAGGAGGCCCGCGCGGUGCAUCUGUCCGUCAAGAACUCGGACGACCCGUCGUCGCAGCUGAGCAAUACGAUGAAGGCGCUCCGUGUUGCCGAGGAGGAGGAGUGGACGAGGCUGCACUGGAUCGACCAGGACACGGAGGAUGCAUGGGACAUGUACGAGGUCUCGUGCCUGAAGGAUGGCGAGGGCGGCCUGCUGAAGAAUGUUACGGGGAAGGCGGAGUAUAUGGAGUGGCUGAGUACGGGGAAGCCUAUUGUGAAGAAGAAGGAGAUAAAGGUGGAGGCGGCUGCGGUAUAG